UUUGCUUCAUAAUCAUUAAUGUAAUCAUCUCUCAUUUCCCUUUCAACCCCAAAAAUCCAAUCCAAUCCAAUCCAAUCCAAUCGACUAGAUGGUUUUACAUUGAAUUGUAGAGAAAAGAUGAUGACAAUGGAGGGUAUGAUGGAUACGGGGGUGCUGGACGACAUAAUCAGGCGCCUAUUGGAAGGGAAAGGAGGGAAGCAGGUGCAGCUCUCCGAGGUCGAAAUUCGCCAGCUCUGCGUCAACGCCCGCCAAAUCUUCCUCUCUCACCCCAAUCUCGUCCCUGUCCAUGCUCCUAUCAGGAUCUGCGGUGACAUACACGGCCAGUACCAAGACCUUCUGAGGCUCUUGGAGUAUGGUGGACAUCCCCCAGCUGUAACUUACCUCUUCCUUGGAGAUUAUGUUGAUAGAGGCAAGCAGAGUUUGGAAACGAUAUGCUUACUUUUGGCUUACAAAAUAAGGUAUCCCGGUAAAGUUUACCUCUUGCGGGGAAACCAUGAAGAUGCGAAGAUCAACCGUGUUUAUGGAUUUUAUGAUGAAUGUAAGAGGAGAUUCAAUGUCCGGCUUUGGAAGAUAUUCACCGACUGCUUUAAUUGUUUGCCCGUUGCUGCACUCAUAGAUGAAAAGAUACUUUGCAUGCACGGAGGACUAUCUCCGGAACUCAAAAAUUUGGACCAGAUUAGAGAGCUUUCGAGGCCAACUGAGAUUCCUGACAGUGGUCUACUGUGUGAUUUGCUUUGGUCUGAUCCUGAUUCCAAGAUUGACGGAUGGGCUGAUAGUGAUAGGGGCGUCUCUUGCACUUUCGGUGCUGGUGCAGUUGCUGAAUUUUUGGCUAACAAUGACUUGGACCUCAUUUGCAGGGGUCAUCAGGUGGUGGAGGAUGGAUAUGAAUUCUUUGCCCAUAGAAGACUUGUGACUAUAUUUUCCGCCCCAAACUAUGGUGGAGAGUUCGACAAUGCUGGUGCCCUUUUAAAUGUUGAUGAAUCGCUAAUAUGUUCGUUUGAGAUACUAAAACCUGCACCAAGCAAUUCAAAGGUUCCUCUAAAGAAGCCUCCCAAACUUGGACGCAGCAUGUAAACCAGAAAUCGUAGAUAGAGAAGUAGGACGAGGAGAAGGCUGCUUUUCUUUAUCUGUUGUGUACAUAUAUAACCUCAGCAUUAAAGAAACGAUCUGCAAAAUCGGGAGAGAAGGAAGGUGCUGAUAUCAGUUGCUUGAGGAGAAACUUAUUAUAUGUAAGCACUGUUGCAUUUGGUUAAAGCGAAUACUAAAUAUUUGGUGUUGAGAAACUUGAAAACAGUGGAAUGUGUUUGUGAAUCCCUUUCUGACUCAUUGUAUUUUAUUUUUAUCAAUAUUCUCACUCAUCCAUAAAUCUACUUUUAGAAUGUAUUCACAGUAAUUGUUUCGUCUUAAUAUAUUUCGUACAAUUGAUCUC